CAUUCUACUCACGUUCGUUGCUCGCGUUGGUUCGUCCGGUGUGAUCUUCUCGGAUUACGAUUCACCAGAAAAAACUUUUGGGAAUUUGGUGCUUGUAAUUUCUACAGUGCUGCUUAAAAUUCGAAGUUCACUUGGUAGACAGCCCAAAAGAGCUUCACAACGCUUAAGUUUUGGUGAUUUACCCUUCUGGUUCCGGUUCAAAUUCGUGAAAGAAUCAAAGAGCAAAACAUGUCGUUCGACAACAACGCCGGUGGUGAUCUCGGAGACGCAAACGAUAGCGGAAGCGGAUACUUCUAUGUUCGUUUGCGUGGUCAGCCCUGGGAUGUGUCCGAAUCUCAGAUCGAAAAUUUCCUUGGUGGCGUUAAUGUGGAUCACAUCCACAUCUCCGUCAAUGGACUGACCAAGCGUCAGACGGGCGAUGCCUAUAUUCGACUGCCAACGCUGGACGACCAGAUCAAGGCGCUGGAUUUGAACAAGGCUUCCCUGGGGCAUCGAUACAUCGAGGUGUUCACCGCGACGGAACAGAACUACGAGAGCGCCGUCAAUUCCGGUGAGAAUGACGAGUACAGUGGUCCGGUGAUCAAGCUGCGCGGGCUGCCCUGGUCCUGCCAGAAAGACGAUAUCAAACAGUUCUUUGACGGGUUGACGAUAAAGAAUGGCCUUAAUGGGAUUGUUUUGCUAGAGGAUCAUCUGGGACGGGCAUCUGGGGAGGCGAUUGUAGAGUUUGCAUCCGUGGCCGAUGCCGAACAGGCCAUGAACAAACACAAAGAGAAGAUUGGGAACAGAUACAUCGAGCUGUUCCCGAGCAGCCUACGUGAGAUGCACACUUCCAAGAAGCGUCAGACCCGACCGACUCCUUACGGACGUGGCAACAAUGGCGGUGGUGGAGGUGGCUUCAACAGCGGAAAUGGCAACGGUGGCGGAUUUGGUGGUGGCGGCAAUCAAGGUAAUCGCUACCCGCCUGGCCAGGGAUAUGGUCGUGGUGGAGAUGACUACUCGGACGGUGGCUCCGGUGGUGGUGGCUGGAACAACCGCAGCGACAAUGGCUUCAGCAGCGGGGGCAGCUUUGGUGGCAGCAACAUGAAUAACGGAAACAAAUUCGGCGGCGGAGGCGGCAACAAUUACUCUUCCGGUGGGUCCAACAAUAGCGGCAACAUUGACUUCAUGAAUUUGCUGCAGGAUCAGUUGAAGCGUGGUGGAAACACCAAUUAUGGAUCCGCACGUAGCCCGAACUCGGGAAGUGGCUACAGUACCGGUGGGUUUGGUGGCAACAACUACAGCACCGGCAACUCCGGUGGAGGUAGCAAUUACGAUUCCGAUCGUGGAUACCGCACAGGGAGUGGUCAGCUGAGCGGAAAUAGCUACAGCAGCAACUUCGGUGGAAAUUCCGGCGGGGGUAACAGCUAUUCGAGCGGAGGAGGUGGCAACAACUAUUCGACCGGUGGAUCCGGGGGCGGUGGCGGUAACAACUAUAGCAGCAACGACUUCUACAGUAGUGGCGAGCAAGAUUUGUUCUGCGUUCACCUUCGGGGAAUGCCGUUCAGUUGUGACGAUCAGGACAUCUACGAUUUCUUCAUGCCCCUGAGACCGGUGAAGGCCAACAUUACGUUCGAUUCCAGGGGUCGACCUUCGGGUGAGGGCGAUGCCUACUUCGACACCAUGGAGGAAGCAAUGAAGGCCAUGAAGAAACACCGAGAGCGAAUGGGCACCCGCUACAUCGAGCUGUUUGCCGGGGCCAAAAAGCCACAGUUGAACAAGUUCAACAACUGAGCAACCUUUUAACCGAUUAAUAAUUGGACAGUGGAGGCGUAACAUGAGUAUAACAAGAGAUUCAUCAUCCAUAAGCAAGUAACACAAAUCCCUAAACCCUUCAAACUCAGCUUCCAGCAAUUAUUUUACCUUAACGCAAGUAAAAAUAAAAUACAUCGUAGUUUGUAAGGUCAUAUAAAAAGCGUACAUUUUACAAUUCACUAAUGUUUAACAGUUCAACCAGAAUAAUGUGGAAACUAAUUUUAUUCGCGAAACGAAACACGGAAUGCAUACUGGGGGUAACCCUACAUUAAACAAAAGGCACCGAUAACUUAUCUGAAGAGAAGGAAAAUUAACCAUUUUCGUUAGUACUACUUACUGAUGUUUUCGUGUAAUUAAAAAAAAAAUUAUACCACCUCGGUUAGUUCUGCUGACGUUUCGAACAAUGAAAUUUACUGUUGGAGUGCACUAUUUUGUAGGACAAAAUCGACAGAAAGGAAAUAGAAAAUCAAACUCAAUUAGAAUUUAGUAGUGGGCGGGUACUGUGUUAGAGAUUGCACAUUACAUGAACAACUUAUCUACUAAAAUAAAAUGAGUGUCUCUGUUUCGAGAAAUGUAA